AUGAGGUUAAAAAUCAAGAACCAGGAACUAAAUUGUAAAAGAUUUGGAUGUAAAGCCUGCUAUAAACCAAAGCAAAAUUUUGCUAUUUGGGCCACUAAAUCAUCUGACCAAAGACCUCUGGGACAAGAAGUUCCCCAGUAUUUUAAUUUUGCAAAGGAUGUACUGGACCAAUGGUCCCAACUAGAAAAGGAUUGGCGCAGAGGUUCUUUCCCAGCACUCUGGGAGAUAAAUGCCAAAGGACUGGAGAUGAGAUGGAGCUUUGAGAGGCUGGUUCGUUUCUCCCAGAAGGCAGCCAGCAUCCUGUCAGACAUCUGUACCCUCCGCCAAGGGGACCGGCUGAUGAUACUCCUACCUCCUUCAUCUGAGACCUACUGGAUUUACCUGGCCUGUGUGAGAUUGGGAAUCAGCUUUGUGCCUGGGCCCUCCCUACUGACCGCCAAGGAAAUUCUCUAUCGAUUAAACAUAUCUAGGGCUCAGUGCAUUGUGGUCGAUGAGACUGUGGCCCCAAUUGUAGACUCUGUUGUGUCUAAAUGCCCCACCUUGAAGACCAAGCUUCUGGUGUCAGAUAAGAGCUGUGAUGGGUGGCUGGAUUUCAAGGAGUUGAUUCGAGUUACCCUUCCAAAGCAAACCUGUGUGGACACCAAGAGUCAAGAUCCAAUGGCCUUCUUCUUCACCAACAAGACAACUGGAGCUCCUAAACUGGUCGAAUACUCCCAGUAUGGCUUAGGAAUGCUAUUUAGCCAGGCUUCAAGACAGUGGAUGGAGCUACGGUCGACAGAAGUCUUGUGGAGUCUGGGGAAUCCCUUUGACGGAACUCUAUCUCUGAGCAAUGUCUUGGGAGCUUGGCUCCAAGGAGCCUGUGUGUUUUUGUAUCACAUGCCAAGCUUCUGCCCGGAGACUGUUUUAAACGUCCUGUCUAGGUUUCCCAUCACCACUCUCUCUGGAAAUCAAAGGAUGUAUCAGGAACUUCUUCAACACCAGUAUUUCACUAGCUAUAGGUUCAAGAGUCUGAAGCAUUGUGUGGCUGCAGGAGGAUCCAUCAGCCCUGAGAUGAUUGAGGACUGGAAGCGUGUCACUCAGUUGGACAUCUAUGAAGGCUAUGGGCAGACUGAAACUGGGCUGCUCUGUGCUGCUUCUAAAAGAAUAAAACUGAAGCCAGGUUCUCUGGGAAAACCGUUGCCACCUUAUAUCAUCCAGAUUGUAGAUGAAAACUCAAAUAUCCUAUCUCCAGGAGAAGAAGGAAAUAUUGCAAUUCAUGUCAAACGAAACCAGUCUGCCUAUCUCCACUGUCCACACAUGAUGAGUUGGGAAGAAUAUGCUUCAGCAAGUGGCCACACCUUUUACCUCACAGGGGACAGAGGGAUAAUGGAUGAAGACGGCUACUUCUGGCUGACUGGUAGAGCUGAUAAGACCAUCAGUGCAUGA